AUUGAAGUGUUAAAGUGUGUAUAUUUGUGAUUUUAAGUGUUUUGUGCAUUUAUUUAUACAAUCAUAAGCGAUCAACAGCUGUUAUGCACGUGCGAAACAGCUGUGCAACCAAAUAUAAAUAGUUUUGGUUUUACUGCAACUAAAACAAUGGACAUGCAUAAAAUAACGUUUUUUUUAGUAACUGGACCGCCAGGUAUUGGCAAGACUACAUUAGUACGCAAAGUAUGCGACAAGUUAGGCGAGCAAACCAAGCCAAAAGGUUUCUACACGGAGGAAGUGCGUGUCAAUGGACAGCGCAUUGGCUUCGAUGUUGUCAGUUUUGGCGGCACGCGCGGUAUUUUGGCGCGAGAGCAAACUACGGAUAAUGUACGUCGUCCGAAGGUAGGCAAAUACUCUGUUUACGUACAAGAUUUUGAGCAAUUGGCGUUGCCAUUGCUAAAGUCAGCACCACUGCUAGUUAUAGACGAAAUUGGCAAAAUGGAAUUGCUAAGCCAGCGCUUCGAAGCGGCCGUAAAUGAAUUGCUGCAAAAAGAGCAAUUUAUGUUAGCUACAAUACCCUCGCAGACGCGUCAGCCCAUUGCUUUGGUGGAGCGCCUCAAAAAGGCGCCACAUGCAGUUAUUUAUGAGGUGACCAAUGCUAAUCGUAAUGCGCUAGUUAAUGCUAUAGCUGAGCAAAUACUUGAAACGAAUCAUGCAAAGCAAGUAAUGUCAAUUGAAAAUUUAUAAACAUAUAAAGCGUUUCAAGGCACGAAAAAUUCGCAGUUUCUUUUUUUUUUCUUUGUUAAGCAAUGUUAUACAAAAUUUUA